AUAAGUUAUUCUUUAAUAGUUUUGAACUAAGGACUCCGUGGAAAACAGCUAGCCAACCUGUACAUAGAGGUCACUUUCGAAGGUCUUCUUGACAGAGGAAACAUUUCAUCAUGUCUGUUCCACCGUGCUUUGCUGACCUUGGCAAAGAUGCUAGGGACGUGUUCAGCAAGAAGUACAAUUUUGGGUUUUUCAAGAUAGAAACAAGUACAAAGACCAAAUCUAAUGUGGAAUUCAAGGUAGAAGGAAGCUCAAACCAUGACACAGGGAAUGUCUUUGGUACUUUUGAAACAAAGUACAAAUGGGCUGACCCCGGUAUCACUGUGAAGGAAAAGUGGAACACUGACAAUAUGUUGUCAACUGAUAUUACCAUUGAAGACCAGUUACUGGAAGGUCUGAAGUUGACUUUAGAUGGCUCUUUUGCUCCAGUCUCUGGUAAGAAGAGUGCCAAGAUCAAGGCUGCAUACAAAAGGGAUUACAUAAAUCUCAACUGUGAUGUGGACUUGGGUUUUGCUGGACCAACUGUACAUGGUGCAGCUGUGCUUGGGUAUUCUGGUUGGCUUGCUGGUGCCCAGAUUUCAUUUGACACUGCCAACAGUAAGCUUGUGAAAAAUACUUUUGCUGCAGGAUACAAGAAAGACGAUUUCCAGAUACAUACCACUGUGACUGAUGCCAGUGAGUUUGGAGGGUCUCUCUACCAGAAGAUAAGUAAAGAUUUGGAGACUGCUGUAUCUUUGAACUGGUCUUCAGGCACCAAUACCACAAGGUUAAAUUUGGGUGCAGCAUAUACUCUUGAUAAUGGGGCUAAAGUCAGGGCCAAAGUGAACAAUUUGAGUCAAAUUGGCAUGGCAUAUUCUCAAGAACUGAGGGAUGGUGUGACCUUGAACUUGUCCUCCAUGAUUGAUGCCAAGAAUUUCAAUUCUGGUGGACACAAAGUAGGCCUGGGCCUGGAAUUUGAAGUGUAGUUCAACUUAGGCAAAGAAAGUAGUUAUAGUGCCACAACUCGCCACCGGCAACAUCAGAACUAACAAAAACAGUGCAUGCCUUAAAAAGAGAAAUGUGUGUACAUAUCUGAAAAGCAUUAAUUAUAAAUGGAUGUAUGAUAUAAUUUGCUUGUUACUUACGAUCAUUACCACUUACAUAGCUUCACGGAGAAGUUGAAAGGUUGGUGACUGGUUUAAAUGAAAAUGUGAACUAAAAACGCUAUCAGAAAUCACAAAAAAACAAACCUAUUAUAAAAAUUUACGAUAAAUCUGUAUUUGUCCGUUUGUGUACUUAGAUAGUGGUUGUAAUGUAGCUAAUUUUGCCAGAUCUGUUGCGUUUUAAUAAUACUAUUCCAACAGCACGGUCAUAGACAUUUCUUCUGAAGAAGCACAGCACUGCAAUGCUUUUUAUAAAACUUGAGGAAGGUUGGAGAAGAGUAGUCGGCCAAUUUCCCGUUUGCAUGAAAGGAGAUGAUGCUGUGACAUAUUGUGAAUAAAACUGUAAACAUGUUAAAACCAAAUUU